CGUGAUGGUGUGCAAGAUGUGUGAGACUGAGAAGACAAAGGUGAACUGCAGGAAGGGCCUGUGGUCUCCUAAUGAGGACCAGAAGCUCAAGGAUUACAUCCUCAAACAUGGCCAUUGUUGCUGGAGCUCAAUCCCUCUCAAAGCUGGUUUACAAAGGAAUGGAAAGAGCUGCAGGUUGAGAUGGAUAAAUUACCUGAGGCCAGGGCUCAAUCACGGCGCUUUUGCUGCUGAGGAGGAGGCGACUAUUGUGAAAUUCCACACCAUGUGGGGCAACAAGUGGUCUCAGAUUGCGAUGCAUCUGCCAGGAAGAACAGACAACGAAGUGAAGAAUCACUGGAACACUUAUCUCAAGAAGAAGCUCCCUAAGGUUGAUGAAUGCCAUUCAAAGCCUGAACAAGUACUGUCGGAAGAGAACGAUAGCCAAAUCUCAUUUUCAGAAUCCUCAAUUUCACAAGAAGUAUCAUACUCAGUGAGUCCUGAAUCCAUCAUAAACAACAGCAAUGAUCAACCUCCUCUUCCGAAAGUACUAUUUGCAGAUUGGUUGCCAAUGUUCGGUUACAGUACUGACCAGAGCUCAUGGGUUCUGAAUGGUAGUGGGACGACGACUUAUGUCCCGAGUCCCGAGCUUAGGCAGGCUGAGAAUGUUGAGAUGGCGAGUGCGAACACGGGUGUGCAUGGCAUGGAGGACUUGAGCAUGUAUGGAGAAUUUCAGUUGCAGUUUGAACCUGCGGAAUCAAUUCCCUAUGAUCUAUCUUCAUUUAGUGAAGCAAACAGUGGUUUUGAGCUAAAUCAUGAUUUGUUUUAUUAGUCUACAGGCGAAAGAUAUAGACUUGUUUGUAAGAAAACGUCAAUUUGUUUGUAAUUAUAUAAGACAUUCUUAUACCGUGUGCGAGAAUCAGCAGUUGUAUUAUUGUUUUCAAGAUGACGACU